GGAAAACUUAUCAAAGCCGCUGGAAAGUGCUGCAACAUUUCUAUUCAACGUCUAUUUUCUGCUUUGUUUUCUCCCUUCAAACAGUCGAACCUUUUCUGAUAUGAAAAUUGUUUUCAGUUUCAAAUGAGCGGUCGCAGUUAAAACAAGUGGGCUGGAAAUCGGUAAACAGAAACGCGUCAGAAACGAAUGUAAAAGCUUAAGGAUGAAAUGUGCAGAAGUGUAAAUAAGUAACCAAAUAAGCAAACGGUUAUUUUGUGCUGUGCAUCCUUAUUAAAUUGUUAUUGUUACCCACUCCACACGAUUUCCGUGCAUAUAAAACCGAACAUUGGUGCGAUUCGUGGUAUUCAGGUCAAUAGAAGAUUUAGGAUGUAAUCGGAAGACUAAAUCUAGUAGAAAAGCAACGGAAAUCUAAAAAAAAAAAAAACAAGAAAAUGAUUAGCUCAUUAUUGACUGUUUGAAAGCGUCGAUGAAGGGCGUUUUUCGAAGUGUGUCAUUUUAGUGACAGCUUAGAAUGGCACCCACUCAAAUGUGCAAAACACAACUGCAUGCAUUUGUAUGGCUAAGAAAAUGAAUAAACACUCAGGAAAAACAAAAACGCGCAAGUGACAAACAAAUGAUGAGCGUCGUAUGGGGCAGCCACGGUUCAUGGCAGUAAAGAAAAGCGAUCAAAUAAACUAAUUGGCUUAUUACUUUGCUUUUGUGCGUUUGUUGGGUGUGAAAGAAAAAGGCCACAAUAGCAGUACGCUAAUGUGAAAAUAAUUUUCUGUCAUUCAUUUCCCAAGAUUCACGGGUGAAAGUGCUACAUAGGAAAAUGCGGUUAAUAAAACGAGUGUACGAGUAUAUUUGAAGUGCUUCAUAUAACUAUUAAAAUGUACUAUACGUCAGAGCGUACGCACUGUACAAGAACGCUCAAGUUUUGUCUAAAAGUAUUGCCUACAUUUAGGCCGCCACAAUACUGAUAAACGUAAACGAUCUGCGGUCCACUCAAACGGUAUAAUGAAACUUUUGAAGUAUAAUUCGCGGCGACAUAGUUUUAAGGCGAAGCAGCGCAGAACUGUGUUGCCACCGCAAUCAACAGCCGUCCGUCGUAACUGCGGCAAUGGUAGUGGUGCUAACACAAUCAAUACCCAGGCGCGCUACAUACGCGCUGGCUACACGCCUACAGCCUUCAUACGUAACGGCAUCACAGGUGGUGGCGAAGGUCCGGGUGCAAAUGGCCUCUAUCAAAUUAACGAUCGUAUUUACACUACCACGAAAAUGUUUUUACGCGAUGCUUACAUGUAUCCGCGGCAGGCAGGGCAGCCAAUAGAUCCCCGUUAUCCGUAUGAAUUGCAUGAGUUUCCGGAGGAAACUGGUGCCGCUGGUCUACAGUUGGUGUCAGUACCCAAAGUGCACAUUUCCGGUGAAUACUUGGCUAGCAAUAAUACGGCUGCAGAAAUUGUGGAGAGGAACAACAAUGCGUCUUUGAAUCGGCGCAAUAUUCGGAAGGCGGCUGCAGAAAUAAAUUUGGCUAACGAAGUGUAUUCAAAGCAAAAACAUCGCAUAGACGGAGAGGGUUGUCGCUCGCGUAGCAAUAGCCUGGGCCGAAAAGUGGUCGAUGCGACUGGAAGUGUUGGGAAUGCGGAAAUUAAGGAUCAAAGUUACAUACAAAAUCUUGGCGGUAUUUUGCAAACGUUCGGAAAACCAGACGGUAGUGGUAAGGGAUCGCCACACUCAACUGCUUCUAAUCGACGUAGGAAAAAGGGCGAUCGUACUACGUGGGAGUAUCAUACGGUGUCUGUAACACGUGUUCCGGGAUAUGGAUUUGGUAUAGCGGUUUCAGGUGGUCGAGAUAACCCACAUUUCGCUAAUGGUGAUCCCUCAAUUGCCGUAAGCGACGUACUAAAAGGCGGCCCUGCCGAGGAUCGCUUACAAGUCAACGAUCGAAUAAUAUCUGUGAAUGGAGUUUCUUUAGAAAAUGUUGAAUAUGCCACUGCGGUGCAGGUGCUAAGAGAUAGCGGCAACACAGUAGCGCUUGUUGUUAAACGGCGCGUUCCUAUUAGCUCCACAGCACAAAAUCAUCAGCCUCCUAAUAUGAGUUCGCUCGGAUUAACGGCGCCAAAUGUGAAUGUCAAUGCCAUACCAAUUCAUACGAGCGGCGCAUUGACUGGAGCGAGUCAAUCCAACUCAUUGAAUACUUCGCUCGUACAAAACAAUACAGCGCAACCCAUUAAAGUGACUCUGACUAAGGGAAGUAAAAAGGACGACUAUGGCAUUGUGCUUGGCUGCAGAUUAUUUAUCAAGGAAAUUUCGACGAAGGCUCACGAUCAGUUGGCCGCAAACGGCUAUUCGCUACAAGAAGGUGACGUAAUCACACGGAUACACAACACAAAUUGUGGGGAUACGAUGAGCUUAAAGGAGGCAAAGAAAAUAAUCGAUGGCUGCAAGGAGCGUUUAAAUUUGGUUGUGUUGCGUGAUAUUACCAAUCAGGCUGUAACAGCAAUCACCAAUCAGCUGAACAACUCUACAACACAAUCAAACUUGUAUAUCAGUCACCAAUCGCAGGUUUCCAACUGUAGUAACAAUCUGGAUGAUCCCUAUUUAAAUGGUGGUACGAACUACUCAUCGCAAAAUUUGUAUGUACAACCACCGACGCGCUCAUUGGCGAAUGGUCCAUCAAAUGGAUUGAACGACGAAAAGAGCAACCUAACGCCUAGGGGUCGUUCGCGUGGACCCAUUAUGGAUGCUGUUUCACUUUCGCAGCUUGAUCGUCCAGUAACACCACCAAAUGAUAUCCGUGCACGCACCGAUGAACCACCGCGACCACCACCGCCUCGAGGCAAUGGCACUGGCAGCACAGAAAAUUUUUAUAGUUCCCGUCGACAAAUUUGCGAAUCCGAGCAGUUGGCACACCCAAGGCAAUCAUCGGAGCCACGCUUUAUAUCAUUCCAAAAAGAGGGAAGUGUGGGAAUACGACUAACCGGUGGCAAUGAGUCUGGAAUUUUCGUUACAGCCAUACAACCUGGUUCGCCAGCAUCUUUGCAAGGUCUGAUACCGGGCGAUAAAAUUAUAAAAGUCAACGAUAUGGACAUGCAUGGUGUAACACGUGAAGAGGCGGUGCUAUUUCUGCUUAGCCUGCAAGAUCGCAUUGAUUUGAUUGUACAAUAUUGCAAAGAAGAGUACGACGAAGUGGUAACGAAUCAACGUGGGGACUCCUUUCAUAUUAAAACCCACUUUCACUGCGAUCAUCCGUCGAAAGGUGAGAUGGCUUUUAAAGCCGGAGAUGUGUUUCGAGUCAUUGAUACACUGCACAACGGUGUUGUCGGCUCUUGGCAAGUACUGAAAAUAGGACGAGGGCAUCAGGAGAUGCAGCGUGGUGUCAUACCAAACAAAUCUCGAGCCGAAGAGUUGGCGACAGCACAAUUUAAUGCCAAUAAAAAGGAAAUGAAUUCAAAUGAGUCCCGUGGAAAUUUCUUUCGAAGAAGGCGGUCUACCCACCGGCGUUCGAAAAGUCUGUCUAGGGAAAACUGGGAUGAUGUGGUUUUUGCUGAUAGUAUAUCAAAAUUUCCGGCAUAUGAGCGUGUAGUUCUGCGCCAUCCGGGUUUCGUUCGCCCUUUGGUACUCUUCGGGCCAGUGUCUGACUUAGCGCGUGAAAAACUUGCUAAAGAAUUUCCCGAUAAGUUCUCAACACCGCUGCAAGAUGAUGAUAAGUCGAACACGAAAGGUCGGAUAGUGCGCCUCUCGAAUAUACGCGACAUAAUGGAUCGCGGCAAACACGCUCUGUUGGAUAUAACGCCCAAUGCGGUCGAUCGUCUAAACUAUGCGCAAUUCUAUCCGAUCGUUAUAUUCUUGAAGACUGACAGUAAACAUGUCAUAAAGCAGUUACGCCAUAGAUUGCCCAAGUCGGCACAUAAGAGCUCGAAAAAAUUGCUCGAGCAAUGUCAAAAAUUGGAGCGUUUCUGGUCGCAUAUAUUUAGCACUCACAUAGUGUUGAACGACGAAGAGUCGUGGUACCGAAAAUUGCGCGAUGCGAUUGAUCUACAGCAAAGUGGUGCGGUAUGGAUGUCCGAGUCAAAGCCGAUUGAAUCCCUUUCCGACGAUUUCCUCUUCCCUAUGACCACCUCCCGUCUAUCGUAUGCAUCGAGUCCGGAAUCUGAUUUGGAAUUAAGUCCGGGACCGUCGACGUCAUUGUCCCUUGGUAAUUUGCCGCAAUUGGUCAAAUCGAGCUCAGAUCCGUCGAUUGCCACUAAUCAGGAUAACUUGGAUAGGGAUAGAGAUACUGUUGGUGAUGGACUACCACCUCCAUAUACGAUUCCUUACGACCACGCUGCCAAUUUACCACCGAACCGCCGCCAAACCAUGGAUACUAAUAAAUAUGGUGCCUAUGCGACAGCAUCCAACAUAGUUGCUGCAGGUGUUGGAGUUUCUGACUCAUCAAUGCCCUCUACACGCCCACAAUCCUUUUAUGGUAUACAUGCACCUGAUCUGCCGCCACGCAUCGAUCGACAAUCUAAGCCUGGACCAGGUGAGAUGCCGCCGCCUCCUCGUUCCAAUAGCUCGGGUGGGACGUUGGGUCGAUCGGCACAGGAGCGUCUAUUUGGCAAACCGAUCGUCAAUGAUGAAGUACAAGCUGAAUAUAUUUCACGAAGCACCAGCGACUCAAUGGAUCGUCAUCAUGCUUCAUUGGAACGACAGGCACUUCUCAAUGCAGCCAUUUCCAAUCCACCCGUUGGUGGCAAUAAAGUAACACAACAAAAUGGCAGUGCAUACGACAGUGUGUCCAGUUACGAUUCGUAUAAUACGUCACAGUUAACAGUACAAAAUCUGGGCAGACUUGGCCCAAAUGCACCCGAUGAUCUCAAGUCCGUUCCGAAUGCAAGCCGACCACUACCACCCGUUGGUAUGAACUCCCAAGCGCCAGAUUAUGGGCGCACCACCCACGAUCACCGCAGCUUUUCAGGUCCCAACGAUCUUAAUCGCCAAAGCAGUCCCGUCAGACCCUCUUACCAUGAAAGCAGUUCAGCGAGAAAUAUUGAUACUCGUAAUGGACAAUUACAACGGCCAUCCAAUUUGGGACUUGAAAGUAGUCCACGUAAGUCAGUUGUUGAAACGAAAACUGACUAUGGAAAAUACAGUCGCAACAACUCAGUAACACAAGCUGAUUACAAUAAACUGCCGAAGAAUCCUCAUAUGGUUGUUCCACCACCAAACAUUAAUGGCAACAACAAUAGCAGCGGUAACGGAGCAUCGAAUAGCAGUGGUAGUGGCCCAUUUAAACCUGUCCCACCGCCCAAGCCGAAAAAUUACCGGCCGCCAGUGCAUGGAGGUAACAACGCCAGCGGUCAAUGGGAAAGUGGGGACUCAAGUUCUCCACGCUCACCAAAUGGAUUUUUUUAUCCGUCCAUGACAGCCUCUCAUCAACAUUACGCGCAGCAGACGCCUGGAUCACCGGGCCAUGGUAACAAUAAGAACGCACAUUCAACAUAUGGUAGCAACAGUAAUUACGUUCAACAGUCACAAUAUCCGCCUCCGCCUGUGAAUGGAUAUGUUGGUAAUCACCACUACAAUGGCGGAAGUGGAACGGGCCCGUACAUCGCGCCACAUCGUGGGAUACCAGCGCCUCUUGGUAACAUCCCAUCGCAUACACCCGAACGAAACCCAUUGGAUUUGGCGGGUAGUCGAGAGCAACGGGGAUCAGCAUUUGAACUAUACCGCAAACCUCAAAUUGGUACAACAGGGCACCAUCACAACAUGAGCGAAAUGGAGCCAUUUGAAGAAAGAUUUGACGACCGUUUUUCGAUGGCGCCACUACCACCAGGUCAUCCCUGUUCACGUCCAGCUUCACGUUAUUCCAGCCAAUUAGGUCACCCACCACCACCACCACCACCGCCACCACCAAAUCAUAAUCCCGAUUAUUACAGUUACCAAAUGUGCUCUGAUUAUUCUCAAUUGCCGCGCCAGUACUAUGAGGAAAACUCAAUGCCUCCACCAUUGCUACCACACAAGCCGAAGAAGAAAUCUGUACUGAAAAGCCCAUUAGUAGCAAUUAAAAACGCCUUCAUAAAAACAACGCGGCCGCUGAGGCGCAUGAGUAGUAUGGUUGAGCCAGAAAGGAAACCGAAAUUAUCGCUGAAGCGUCAACAUUCUAUGCUGGAGCGAGGUAUGCAAAGACCCUAUUACCCUGACGAAUACCCCACCUAUCCAGCGGGCUUCGAAGGUCGAUAUUAUAACGCAUCACGUGGAAACGGUGCACUUCCGCACGGUAUGAUUCAGCGAGACCAGUAUUAUCUGUAUCGAGAUCAAUACCACCAAGGCCUAAUAGAUAGCACUUACCAACAUUUAGAAGGUGAAGAUAUAUAUGGAAACAUAGGGACUGUGCCGCGAAUGCAUAGAGAUAGACGAGAGGAAUAUAGCACUAUCGGUCAGGAAAAUUUAUAUGCAAACAGAGCUUUCAUUGAACUGGAGCGAAGGCAAGCAGAUGCAAUGGCAGUUGCAAAUCGAAAUGGUCGCCAAAUAAUAAGACGGCAUAGCACGACAGCAGCAGAUCGCAUGGAUGGCAAAAGGAUGAUGUCCGAUGCCACUAAUGGAACGGCCUAUGGCCAGGAUGAAAUAUAUCAGAGUAGAAUGGACGCUUAUAUUUCAAAUAAUCAACGAAGAGCACCAAAUUCAGAAGUUAUGACACGAAGGCGCUUUUAUACCGCCACAUCAAACGAAUUUGUAGAUCCGAUUUACCAAACCCGCAAAGAAGUACAAGGCGAAAUUCAUCGAAAUCACUUGUCUGAAAAGGAAAUGCAAGAACGGAUAAAUAGAGGAAAACAAAAUAUGGAAAAGAGAUGGAGUCCCCAGAGCAGUAGUCAAUCAGAUCGCGAUGACAAGUCAGAUCGUGAAUCAAAUUAUCAAAGUAGGCGCGAAGUAAAAGAGAGCACGUUGAUAACGCGCGCUCAGUUAAGAGAGCAGAUUUACCAAACCCGCCGAGAAGCGUUCGACAGCAUGGCUGAACCCAUAUAUGUGUCAAAAAAGAGAGAUAUAGGUAGACCAGAGCCCAUAUACGAAACAAAAGAAGAAAGUAUUUUGCAAUCGCAUGAAAAUGAGACUGAUGAGAAAAAAGAGGAAAAAACCGAAUGUACCGUUGUUGAAAUUAAUUCAAAUGAUGAAACUUUAAGUCGUUCAGAUCUACACAAGUCUUCAGAUACUGUCAUUGCAAAUACAGUAAUAGAAACACAAAAUAUGCCCAUAGGUAAAGCUCCACUUGUGCAAUGUGAAGAUGUAGAUGAUGAUUUGGAAAAUGCUGAUGACGAAGUCGCAGUAACCCAACAACCUCCUAAUAAUGAUAUCAAACAUAAAAAUGUCGUAUUACAAACUUCAAACAAUGAAGCUUGUGAACACUCUGACGAAGUAUCAGAAACAUUAUAUGUAAAGGCUUCACCUCCGAUUGUAGACGAGCCACCGCUUGCCUUGGAGUUACCAAAACCUACACAAAAAUUAAACAGUCACUUGCCACGCGCCCCAUUCCAUAUCUCAAACAUUCUGAAACGUACGGGUCCUCCACCUGUAACAGCCGAUAGUCAUACAUCGCUAGAAACACAAUACACAUCCCAAGGCAGCUUACCUGUGGGUGCACCUAAAGCAAGCAGUACCCCUUAUACUAGUAAUAUGUCGUUGCAAAUUGCCGGUCCAGUGCCUGUACCUACUCCGGCUGCUACCGGCAUUUCGCACGUAGGCGCAUUUCCAGCAACGCCUCGAGAGCCCACUACUACUCGUGGCAUUUUCGAUUCAAACGGAGGCACAUUAGCGAAUAAUGUUUGGAAUGUUUCACUGCAGAUACCGGCGGGCGCCAUACCAAUGGGUGUCAAACAGGAAAUAUACUUCACAGUUAGUGAUCCCCGCUUGGGCGAAGCCAUUGGCGGACCGCCGCUGGAUAUGGAAAACGGUGAAACAAUGUUAUCUCCUUUGGUAAUGUGUGGUCCACAAGGGCUAGAAUUCUUAGUGCCGGUAACACUAAACAUUCCACAUUGUGCGGGCCGAACAGCAUCUUUGGGAUUGGCGUUGAAAGCUACAGACAGUGAAAAAAAUCUACACACAGAAUGGGACAAUAUUGAUUUGCCGAGUAAUGCCGCUGCUCAUACGGUCUCAGUGAAAGUGGAUCAUUUCUAGAACAUAAAAUUUUAUAUUUAAAUUAAUAAAUGUUUAAGUGCAUAUAAGUAUAUCCAUUGUAUGUGGGUAAAUAUGUAUGCAUGCAUAUUUAGAGCUAAGUCUGUAUGGUAUUUAAUACACCAAUUAUAUAAUUAGAAAUUGGCCAAGUUUUGCUACCAUAUUGUUUUGUAAAUAUACAUAUUUUACGAACAUCGUUCCGAAGGAAUGUCGUUUUUUAACCGCAAAGGAAUAUUUUUUGAUAAACCCAUGUAUAUAUAUAUAUAUAUAUAUAGUAUAUUUAAAAACAAACGCGUAGAUAUGUGUGCCUUUAUUAGGUCAUUGUACUCACAUACGUAUUAUAUUACAUAAAUCGCAAAUAAAUAUGCAAAUCUAAUAUAUAUAAUAUAUGUAUAUCAUAUAUGUAUAUCACUUUUACGAAAUAUUUACAUACAUUAAAAUACUAGAUAUAUUUCUAUACAAUUUCAACUAAGUGUCAUUAUAAUAAAAAUUAACCUGAGUAAUAAGAAACUAAAAACAUAAACGAAUAAUGCCCGGUGUUAAUUAUUUCUUGCAAAAUAACUUGCGUAGUCAAUACAUAUAUAAUAUAACAUACAUAUAUUUAGUGUAUCCCUUCAUUUAAAUUAUAGCUUUGUACAUAUAUAUUCCUCAUUUAAAAAAUUUAUAAUUUAAUUCUUAUUCAUAUUAAAUUUGCUUGCGGGACAUAACUGCGUAUUUUAUUCUUUUAAUUUUCCGUUAAAUCCCAUGAUGUUACAUAAAGUUUUAAAUAGACCAAUCCAAUCCAAGUAGUAGGCCAACAUUGAAUACUUUAAUUAAAGACUAGCUCACUGCAUGUACAUACUCGUAUAUCCGUACCUUAAUAUAGAAAGACCCUCACGCAUAUUUUGGUUAC